AACGUGGGCUUGAACGAGACGGUUCGCUACUUGUCGGCAGCAACGAGCAAUGUGGAAAUAGAAGAAGAUAUUAAAGAAUUAAAGCAGAAGCCAAGAGCAGGCAGAGUAAAGUCCCACAAAUAUACAUUUGUGCUGCCAAGUGUUGCGCGGUUGAGAGGCGUUCUGGUGGCCCGUGCCCAAGUGUGAAGUGUGUUCAAACUUAAAUUCCCGUUCUUUAUAUACUGAAACUCUGUGUGAAUUGUGAGACGUGAUUUUCAGGCUUCUCCGCCUUUGCGGUGCUGGACGAAUUCAGCAAAUUAAUUGCUUUACGUUUUCGGUUAUCCUUUCUUCUUACAUUAAGUUGGCAAUGAAAAGAAUGUAUAAAAAGUAAAACAAAUAGAAAUAAAUUAUUACAAUUUGUAGUGAAAUAUAGAGCGCUUCAUCAGGACAAUAAACGCUUGCUAGCUGCGAGUUGACGGCAGCUAUCAGACGCGUUGUCAGACAUGCAGUAAAAAAAUAAGUGAAAUCUCGAUAGCCAGUGAUUGGAAAGUGGUGGCUAAGUGGAAACAAGCGAUAAGUGGUGGAGGCAAAAAGUCUCGGCGAAAUAGCGCCACCACAAAUCUGUGUGAAAAUCGUGAUAGCGUUCAAGCAUAGCAGUCAGUAUUCAGAUAAGACGCAAGCACGUGUGUGUGUGUGCUAGUGCAAUUAUUAAUAUUGCGUGUUUGUAGCGCGCUUCUUCUGGAGAUAAAAAUCCAGACCACGAGGGCGCAUAAAUUUUAAUUAAACGCCCAGGCGCGUCCCUUAACAGCCGUUCGUGUUUUCCGCGCCUCAGCUCACGGUUUCCGUCUCCCAAUCAGCGUCAUCAUCAGCAAUAUCCGUUGUGAUAGUGAAAAACAGAACAAGGAUCCGGAGCGUACCUCUGGGAGAGCAGCGAAAUCACCGUUACCAUAAAUUUCGAAAUGUUUCAUGUGCGGCAGUGUGUUGAAGUGAUGGGAACAAACUAAGAGAAAACAAGUCAUAAGUAUCAAAGAGAUCAUGUUUUAUACCAGAAUAAUAACCAAAAUGUUAAAUUAACUUAAUAAAUCAUAAUUUUUAAAUAAAGCUACGAAUACAGCUCGAAUUUAGGACUUUUGUAAGCUAGACAAAAUGUGCAAUUGCCACAGCGAGCCACCACGAGUUCAGCGCCAAGGUGCCGAGCGGCUUUCCAUACUCAGCGAAACGUGUUUUUCUCGGUCGAACAGCUGCGCUCGUGAAUAACAUACGGCGCAACGUUCUCCCACAUAGAGUCACUACACAGUAAUACUAACACGCACAGCGAACAAAUAUAACAAUAACAACGCAGAACAACAAAUGUGUUCUUUGCUCUCAGGAAGUAAGUGAGUUGUCUGCGUUUAAAAGCGACAGGGGAAGUGAGAGGUGCUAACAGGCGAAGCAACAGCUAAACCGCAACGCCCCUAAAAGCCGGCAACACUACAAAGUUUAUUGGCACGAAAAAUCAAAACGGCAGAAAAACCACAAACACCGUUAAGCGAGGUAAAUGCCAAGGAAAAGAGAGUUUAAAAGUGCGGAACCGAAGUGGUGAACAGUCAAAACAGCGGAAAAAGGUUACAAAAAGACGAAAGAGAAGUGUGAAGGACCGUAUACCAGAAGCAAGCCAUUGAGGAAAAACAGACGAAAACACUCCAACCGACGUUUAAGUGCAAUAACGACAGAAGCAGCAACAACAACAAAAUUCUAAGAGAGCAACUGCAACAUCAAUAACACAAUCAACAACAACAAUAAUUGCACGUAGUAACAUCAAGUUACUAGUAUUUCUUCCACUGCUACUCACACUUACUACUUCUUAUAAAGUCCAUGGGAAUUAAAAGCAAAGGGUCCAAAAAAAUGUGUAAAAAAUUGCUCUUGAUGUCUGAGGACUUUAAGUGCCGACAGUAGGAGCACAUAACACCCAAAUAGUACCAAAUGAAAUGGAAUAAAUGGUUUUCUAAAAGCCAACUGCAUUGUCGGAGGACAAAGUCAACACUCCUGGGUGGAAGUUCCAGGCCAAACGUCUGUCAAGAAAAACAUUUCAGUCUACAUUCGAAGUCAUCAUCGCUCCAUCACUUCCUAAGCAAUACCAUCUUACUAAAGGUUUUAGGUGAAUAAUAAACGCUGCCGAGAAUCUUCAACCAACAACAUGUUCUAACAAUAAAUAAAAUAAGCAGCCUAUAAACAAAAUGUGUAUGCCGAGUCGUAUACGUAACAUAAAUUAAGCGAUUGUUCUGAGUAUUUCGGUUAUAGAAUAGCAAAGUGCCAAUUUAACAACAAUUUUCCAAAACACUACACAGUUCAUAGCUGAGCUUGCAGCUGUUGACGGCGACCAUCACCAUUGUGCAUAAUUACCCACGCAAAAAAAUAAUAUAAACAAUUUAAAAUUCCGUGAAAGUGUGUAAAUUGAAUUUGAAAAUGAAUUUGAUUGUGGCCACAAUGAGUUUCGUGAAAGCAAGUAGCCACCAAACUGCAAACAUCACUCUCACCGCUCUCAGCUGGUUACUGCUGGGGUUUGGAUUGAUCAUUUCAUUGCCAGUUUGCACAGCUGGCCCGAAUGAAAAACACCUACGCCAUACCCUGCUAGACAACUACAAUAGUCUGGAACGACCCGUCGUAAGAGAAUCCGAUCCACUGCAGAUGAACUUUGGGCUGGCGCUAAUGAAAAUCAUCGAUGUGAACGAGAAGAAGAAAUCGUCUGCCCAGUGAAUAAUGUCAAAGCUAUUGUGGGAAAACAUGCGAACAGACAGCAAAUAUCCGUAAACACAAAUUGAACAUGAACGGUGAAUGAAAUAAGAAGAGUAAUAAAUAUCAUAUCUUUCAAUAAUUAUUUAAGAGAAACAAUAAAGAAUAUAAAAAAUCGA